CGUCCUCGGCUAUAUAUAUGAGCAUCUGUCAGGGAGAAAGGCAAAUAUUCCAAUCAUAGGAAUAAACAACGAUUUUUUUUCACCCUUUCUAAAACAGACAUAUUUUUUAGUCUACCGGGAGCAUUUUAAUCUUGGAUAGGUGUACUGUUGUUGUCCUAUAUUACGUUUUUUUUUUCGUGAAUACGUUUCUUUUUAUGUAUAUUUUUCAUGAAUAUAAUUGAUAUUUUUACGGAUAACGUCCUCCUUUGUUGUGUUGCCGUUUGUCCAGCAGAGGCCGCUGUUCCUCUCCCAACAACAGGACAGGCCGCUUAGUUUGAGCGCAUGCGCAGUAUCCUGAUUUGGCCUCUAGUCUUUCAGGCGCUUAUGAUGCGCUGAAAGGUUGUCCGCUGCUCAGCGCUUUACACAUCAGUUUAAUGUCUAAUUUCGGCUCCAGCAGCUUACUUGGCACUUUCUGCUGACGAGAAAAGCCAUCGUGACAUUUCACUGUGUGGAGUCUGCAAACACUAACCGUAGGAUCCUCUUCAACCUCAGAUGACUCAAGCGCUUGUCCUUAUAACGACAAGCACUGAUGUAGCAGUGUUGUGACCAUCGUGGUGCUCUCCCUCUACCUCCACUCCCCCAGUGCCUCACUGCAUGACCUCAUACAACAGACAGAACCACGAGGGGUAAAAAGCCCCCUUUCCUCACCCAGGACCCCCUUCCUCUGGACUCCUGACUGUGACAUUCUGUAGCCGACACACCGCAGCGUCCUCAUCUCAUCUUUCUGCUCAUCUCCAGCCAAAGGAACAGAAGAAAUUCCCCCACAUUGGAGUCAAACACCUCCACUCAGGCAGGUGGAGGUGUUGAAGAGCUCUCUCACCCACACCUCCCCUCUCCCCCUGUGAAUCUUUAGGAAUAUAAUUUUUUCUCCUGGUUGGUUUGAGUCCGGUUCUGCCGGCCGUGUGACUUUUCAAAACUGGGGCGCGAUUCAUGGGAUGCAACCAUGUCGGAUCUCAGUGAGCGCAGGCCGGUCAACACGGACUACGCUGUCUCCUUGCUGGAGCAGCUCAAGUUCUUUUACGAACAGAAAUUACUGACUGACGUUGUGCUGCUGGUGGAGGACACUGAGUUCCCAUGUCACAAGAUGGUCCUGGCCACAUGUAGCUCCUAUUUCAGGGCGAUGUUCAUGAGUGGCCUCAGCGAGAGCAAACAGACCCACGUCCACCUGAGGAACGUGGACGCGGCCACCCUACAGAUCAUCAUCACCUACGCCUACACGGGGAACCUGGCCAUCAGCGACAGCACGGUGGAGCCGCUCUACGAGACAGCCUGCUUCCUUCAGGUCGAGGACGUGUUGCUGCAGUGCAGAGACUACCUGGUGAAGAAGAUCAAUGCUGAGAACUGCGUCCGCAUGUUAAGCAUCGGCGACCUGUUCAGUUGUAGUGAGCUCAAGCAAAGCGCCAAGCGGAUGGUGGAGCACAAGUUCCCUGUGGUGUACAGACAGGAGGCGUUCCUGCAGCUCUCCCAUGAGCUGCUCAUCGAUGUUCUAAGCAGCGACAACCUCAACGUGGAGAAGGAGGAGACGGUGCGCGAAGCAGCCAUGCUGUGGUUAGAGUACAACAUGGAGGCUCGCUCACAGCACCUGUCCUCCGUGCUCAGUCAGAUCCGCAUCGACGCGCUGUCCGAGGUGACUCAACGCGCCUGGUUUCAGGGUCUGCCUCCAAAUGACAAGUCUGUGGUGGUGCAGGGUCUCUACAAGUCCAUGCCCAAGUUCUUCAAGCCUCGGUUAGGCAUGACCAAAGAGGAGAUGCUCAUCUUCAUGGAGGCCAUGUCAGAAACGCAGGGCGAUGGAUACGUCAUGUCCGCGUCCCUGCCCACAACAGUAGUCUGUUACAGCCCACAGGCGGAGAAAGUGUACAAGCUCAGUAACCCCCCCGGAGACCUACAGAAGGUGGGGACCCUCGUUACACCGGACAACGACGUAUUCAUUGCCGGAGGUCAGAUCCCCCUCAAAAACACUAUCACCAACCACGGAAAGAGUGGAAAGUUACAGGCCGUGUUCCGCUCAGUUGAUAGCUUCUUUUGGUUCGAUGCCCAGCAGAACGCCUGGGUGCCUAAAACGCCCAUGCUGUGUGCCCGAAUCAAGCCCUCGCUGGUCUACUGCGAGGGCUACAUCUAUGCAAUAGGGGGCGAUAACGUCGGAGGAGAGCUGAACAAGCGCACAGUGGAGCGUUACGAUUGCGAGAAGGACGAGUGGAGCAUGAUGAGCCCGCUGCCUUUCGCCUGGAACUGGAGCACAUCGGUGGUGGCGCAUGACUGCAUCUACGUCAUGACACAUGACCUGAUGUACUGCUACUUCCCCCGCGCUGACACCUGGGUGGAGAUGGCCAUGCGUAAGACUAGCCGCUGCUUCGCCUCUGCCGCCGCCUUUGGUGACCUCAUCUUCUACAUUGGUGGCCUACACGUGGUCAGUAACUCAGGCAUCCGUCUGCCCACCAGCACCAUCGACGGCUCCUCUGUUACGGUGGAGAUCUACGAUGUAAACAAAAACGAGUGGCGCCUUGCUGCCAACAUCCCCGCUAAGCGUUACUCAGACCCGUGCGUGCGGGCGGUGGUUCUGUUGAACUCGCUCUGUAUUUUCAUGCGUGAGACACACAUGAACGAGCGUGCUAAGUACGCCAUCUACCAGUACGACCUGGAGCUGGACCGCUGGUACCUGCGGCAGCCUGUGUCGGAGCGCGUGCUGUGGGAUCUGGGGAAAGACUUUCGCUGUGCGGUGGGGAAGCUCUACCCGUCGUGUUUGGAAGAAUCUCCGUGGAAACCCCCGACCUAUCUCUUCUCCCCUGAUGGUGCUGAGGAGUUUGAGGUGGACGGGGAGCUGGUGACCCUCCCUCAUGUAUAGCUCUUACCCCCCCCCUCCCCUACCUCGCAGACUGAAGCUAAUGGCGAGGGAUGAACAUGAUGGGGGGGCGGAUCAUAGCAUUAAGGGUUUGAUGUUCUCUGUGUGGGAGGGUCUUUAAGCAUUCGCUGCAGAUGACAAAUGAUGCGGCACAAGUUUGGAGAGAAAAAGAUGCGCCUCAAAAAUACUAGUAAUCUAAAAAAUUCUCCUUUUUUUUUUCUUCUUUUUUGUCCGUUGUGACACCUGUUAGAUAUUACUACAAGUCUGUCAAACUGUUUCUACAAUGUGAUAAUCUAAACGUCAGCAGAUUCUUGUGAUGACGACGAUGAUGAUGAGGGUGAUGAUGCACUUAACUGGUAAACCUUCUAGGAAUGACAAUAGCAACUGUACCAAAAUCCCCCUUACCCACUCCGAUCAUGGCUUCCCUCUCUCCCUUCUUUUCUUUCUCUUCUCACCACUCAUAAAGGAAUAAUCCGCUAAAAACCAACCAUCAGCGUAUCAGAAGUAUAGACAGAAGGAGACAGCAGAAGCUGAAACGGUCUCCCUUUAGCUUCUCCCUUUAGUCAGAGGAUUUUUCUUGAUACUCAAAAAACAGAUUUUUAGCGGGUUGUUCCUUUAAAAACCCAGGAUCCGUCUUUUCUUCUAAAGACCCUGCAGACGAGUGGAAACGGCGGCCGUGGGUUCUUAAGGACGGGCGUGAAAACUGACGGGGAAAUACGUGGGAGAGGCCAGAGGGUUUCAAGAGGGCGACUGCAGGUCCGGUCUCCCGUCACCUCUCCUCUCUCACCCCUCAGUCCUCCACCCCGACUCCACCGCGGCCGCCACCGCCCGUCUGUCAGUCUGCACACAGGUCUUCCACACAGCCGGCAGUCUACACCUCACUCCAUCGUCUCAUAAUCACGCCACCACGACUCCACGCUCAAUAAACACAGGUUAUCAGGCUCAUGCAUUUUUUAUUUCCAAGCUGCUGAAAUAUAUAUAAAAAUAUAUAUUUUUCAUAACUGUUUUAGUGUGGGGAAAAUAACCAGGUCUAUUUUGUAUUAGUGUCUUUUUUUAAUUUAAUAUCAGACAUUACUGUAGUGUGAUUGUGGGUAGAUUUCCAUUUUCCUAUCAGAUUUAAUUUUUCUCGAGUGAACUUUGAGGAAUCUUGCUGCUGAUUGGUUGCAGGAGGAGAGGGCUGGCCCACGGCUGUUGUCACGGAAAUCAUACCGGCAACCGCCAGCAGUAGUGGAUUGGAGGAUGGGAGGGGAGGGGGGAUGUUCCUCCUACCUUAAAAACAUGAGCACAGGUGCUUCAUGACAAACCUUAACUAGCAUGUUUGGCUGCAUCAUAUUCCUUUGGCACUGUAUUUUGAAUGAACGUUAAUUUAUUAAAAAACAUACCAAAAACGUUCCUGAAA